UCAAAAAUCCAAUUCAUACUUAUGAAGAAUAUGGGCCAUCAUGUUCUAAAAAAUCAACACCAAAAAAAUCAAAUACUCCUAUAAAACGUAAUAUAAUAAAUUCUAUUAAUUAUCCAGCCAAAUCAUAUCUUCUUCCUAUUAAUUCUUGUUCCUGUUUUCAAAAUGCAUAUUUUUAUCCAUUAGCUCAACCAAGUAGAUUAAGAAGGGAAUAUUUACCAGCAAAAGACAUUCCAUUAAAUAGUCAGAAAAAAAGUAUAUCAAUUCCUAAAGCAAAUAUUGAUAAAAGUACAAACACAGAACAUUUUCAAGAUAAGAGUAAAACUCCAACAAAACAUAAAGACGGAAAAUUUAAUUUGGAGAUGUUAUCGGCAAGUGAAACAAGUAAACAUAAUAAUCCUUCAAAAAAUUAUGUAUAUGGCAUUUCUGAUAAGGAAAAUGGCAAUUUUUUUCAAAAAAUGCCAACAAAUAUUACAAAUAAAACAGAUAAACAUAAACUUUUGAAAAAUAAAUCUAUUCAGACUGAAAAAACUAAAAAAAUUCAUCAGCAUAAAACAGAACAUUUAGAACAGAAGAAAAUAACUGAAAGCGAUUACGUUUACUCUCCAACAAAAAGUAAACACGACAACAAUUUAAACAGAAAAAACUGGGAAAUGGAACCAAAUAAAACAAAAACUGCUAAGAAAUCUGUACAAUAUCAAGAACUACAGAAAUAUCAAAAAGAUUUUGAUAUAAGAAAUAAAUCAGACAAAAGCAAAAGUAAUGCAUCAGAAAGAGAACACGUAAUACAAAAAGAAACAAAUAGUCACACUAAUUCAGCAUCUAGAAAUCAUUCAGAAUUACAUAGAAAUCAACUGGAAGAAAAUUCUGAAGUUUCUUGUAUAAUUUCGAGAUAUUUAAAUUCUAGAAACGAAAUAAAUAUGGCUUCUGUAUAUUCGUCACUUCUACCAUUGCUUUCGCAAACAAAUAUUCCAUCUGAAGACAGCCAUACUUCUGAAACUUCCGUUGAUUUCAAUAAAGAAUUGUUUGAAAGAUUAAUUGUGGAAGUCAUACAUGAAAAUCUUCAGAAUUUACAUUUAACAAGUGAAAAAAACACAGUAUCUGACGUUUCUAAACAAUCUUUAUCAAAACAUACCGAUGAACAGUCAUUAGAGGAAAAAGCUGAUCAACAAGAUUCAUUGCACGAUUAUGACGACGACCAACAGGACUCAUUGCAGAGUGAUGAUGAUCAACAGGAGUCAUUGCAUGAUGAUGAUGAUGAUCAAUCAUAUUCUCUUCAUGAUAGUUCUAAACAAAAUUCAUCAAAAAGUAAAACAAAAUGUGAAGUGGAACAAGAGAUAUCUAAAAGUAUUACAACAGCAGGUAACAAUGUUGAAUUAAAGGAAGAUUCUGCUCAUGAAAUGCCAUUUAAUUAUGAAAAGGUAUUACAAUUUCUGAUAUUAAUUGCAAAAAUCUUAAGCUAG